GGCGGCGCGCGGGGCAGAGCUUAGGUGGCGGUGGCGGCGAAAGCGGCGGCGGCGGCAGCGGCCGCUGCAGCCUCACACUCGGUCGCCAAGCUGGAGGAGCGACGGAAGCCCGACCCCAGGAGGAUGGAGGAUGAAGCUGUCCUGGACAGAGGGGCUUCCUUCCUUAAACAUGUGUGUGAUGAAGAAGAAGUAGAAGGUCACCACACAAUCUACAUUGGGGUCCAUGUGCCCAAGAGCUACCGGAGAAGGAGACGCCAUAAGAGAAAGGCCGGGCACAAGGAAAGGAAGGAAAAGGAAAGAAUCUCUGAGAACUAUUCGGACAAAUCAGAUGUGGAAAAUGCGGAUGAAUCCAGCAGCAGCAUCCUCAAGCCGCUCAUCUCCCCGGCCGCAGAACGCAUCCGAUUCAUCCUGGGAGAAGAAGAUGACAGCCCUGCACCGCCUCAGCUCUUCACUGAACUCGAUGAGCUGCUGGCUGUGGAUGGACAGGAGAUGGAAUGGAAGGAGACAGCGAGGUGGAUUAAGUUUGAAGAGAAGGUGGAGCAGGGUGGGGAGCGGUGGAGCAAACCCCAUGUGGCCACCUUGUCCCUGCACAGCCUGUUUGAGCUGAGGACAUGUAUGGAGAAAGGAUCCAUCAUGCUUGACCGGGAGGCAUCUUCGCUCCCACAGCUGGUGGAGAUGAUUGCAGACCACCAGAUCGAGACAGGUCUACUGAAGCCUGACCUCAAGGAUAAGGUCACCUAUACUCUGCUCCGAAAACACCGACAUCAAACCAAGAAAUCCAACCUUCGGUCCCUGGCUGACAUUGGGAAGACGGUCUCCAGUGCAAGUAGGAUGUUUAGCAACCCUGAUAAUGGUAGCCCAGCCAUGACUCACAGAAAUCUGACAUCCUCCAGUCUCAAUGACAUUUCUGAUAAACCAGAGAAAGACCAGCUGAAGAAUAAAUUCAUGAAAAAACUGCCACGUGACGCUGAAGCUUCCAACGUGCUCGUUGGGGAGGUUGACUUCUUGGACACUCCCUUCAUUGCCUUUGUUCGCCUACAGCAGGCUGUCAUGCUGGGUGCCCUGACUGAGGUCCCUGUGCCCACAAGGUUCUUGUUCAUUCUCUUAGGUCCAAAAGGGAAAGCCAAGUCCUACCAUGAGAUUGGAAGAGCCAUCGCCACCUUGAUGUCUGAUGAGGUGUUCCACGACAUUGCUUACAAAGCGAAAGAUAGACACGACCUGAUUGCUGGCAUUGAUGAGUUCCUAGAUGAAGUCAUUGUCCUUCCACCUGGGGAAUGGGACCCGGCAAUCAGAAUAGAGCCUCCAAAGAGUCUCCCAUCAUCUGACAAAAGAAAGAAUAUGUACUCAGGUGGAGAGAAUGUUCAGAUGAAUGGGGACACACCUCAUGAUGGAGGCCACGGAGGAGGAGGCCACGGUGACUGUGAAGAACUACAGAGAACUGGCCGGUUCUGUGGUGGAUUAAUUAAGGACAUAAAGAGGAAAGCACCAUUUUUUGCCAGUGACUUUUAUGAUGCUUUAAACAUUCAGGCUCUCUCGGCGAUUCUCUUCAUUUAUCUGGCAACCGUAACCAACGCCAUCACUUUUGGAGGCCUGCUAGGGGAUGCCACCGACAACAUGCAGGGUGUGUUGGAGAGUUUCCUGGGCACUGCUGUCUCUGGAGCCAUCUUCUGCCUUUUUGCGGGUCAACCGCUCACCAUCUUGAGCAGCACAGGACCAGUUUUGGUGUUUGAGAGGCUUCUGUUUAACUUCAGCAAGGACCAUGAUUUUGACUACUUGGAGUUUCGUCUUUGGAUUGGCUUGUGGUCAGCCUUCCUGUGUCUCAUCCUGGUGGCCACUGAUGCCAGCUUCCUGGUUCAGUACUUCACCCGUUUCACCGAAGAAGGUUUCUCCUCUCUGAUCAGCUUCAUCUUCAUCUAUGAUGCUUUCAAGAAGAUGAUCAAGCUAGCAGAUUACUAUCCUAUCAACUCUGCCUUCAAAGUGGGCUACAAUACUCACUUCUCCUGUGCCUGCCUGCCACCUGAUCCAGUUAAUCUCUCAGUAUCUAAUGAUACCACACUAGCCCCGGAGGAUCUGCCAACUAUUUCUUCUACUGACAUGUACCAUAACGCCACCUUUAACUGGGCCUAUUUGUCAAAGAAGGAGUGUGUGAAAUAUGGAGGAGAGCUCGUGGGAAACAACUGUGACUUUGUGCCUGAUAUCACGCUCAUGUCCUUCAUCCUCUUCCUGGGCACUUACACCUCAUCUAUGGCUAUGAAGAAAUUCAAAACCAGUCGUUAUUUUCCAACCACAGCAAGAAAACUGAUCAGUGAUUUUGCCAUCAUCCUGUCCAUUCUCAUAUUCUGUGUAAUAGAUGCCCUAGUCGGUGUGGACACUCCAAAGCUCAUUGUGCCAAGUGAGUUCAAGCCAACAAGUCCUAACCGGGGUUGGUUUGUCCCGCCGUUUGGAGGAAACCCCUGGUGGGUGUGCCUCGCUGCUGCUAUCCCAGCUUUGUUGGUCACCAUCCUGAUUUUCAUGGACCAGCAGAUCACAGCUGUGAUUGUGAACAGGAAAGAACAUAAGCUCAAGAAAGGAGCUGGGUAUCACCUGGAUCUGUUUUGGGUCGCCAUCCUCAUGGUGGUAUGCUCCUUCAUGGCUCUUCCCUGGUAUGUGGCUGCUACUGUCAUCUCCAUUGCCCACAUUGACAGUCUGAAGAUGGAGACAGAGACAUCUGCACCUGGAGAACAACCAAAGUUUCUGGGAGUGAGGGAACAACGAGUCACUGGAACCCUUGUGUUUAUUCUGACUGGCCUGUCAGUCUUCAUGGCUCCCAUCUUGAAGUUUAUCCCCAUGCCUGUUCUGUAUGGUGUGUUCCUGUAUAUGGGGGUGGCCUCGCUUAAUGGUGUGCAGUUCAUGGACCGUCUGAAGCUGCUUCUGAUGCCCCUGAAGCAUCAGCCUGACUUCAUCUACCUGCGCCAUGUCCCUCUACGCCGAGUCCACCUGUUCACCUUCCUGCAGGUGUUGUGCCUGGCUCUGCUCUGGAUCCUCAAGUCAACAGUGGCUGCGAUCAUUUUUCCAGUCAUGAUCCUGGCCUUGGUAGCUGUCAGAAAAGGUAUGGACUACCUCUUCUCCCAGCACGACCUCAGCUUCCUUGAUGAUGUCAUUCCAGAAAAGGACAAGAAAAAGAAGGAGGACGAAAAGAAAAAGAAAAAGAAGAAAGGAAGUUUGGAUAGCGACAAUGACGAUUCUGACUGCCCAUACUCAGAAAAGGUCCCCAGUAUUAAAAUUCCAAUGGACAUCAUGGAACAGCAACCUUUCCUAAGUGAUAACAAACCCUUGGACAGAGAAAGAUCCUCAACAUUCCUUGAACGCCACACAUCAUGCUGAUAAAAUUCCUUUCCUUGAGUCGCUGGGUUUACCCAGUCCUCCAAGAACUCCAGUGAAAGUCGUGCCUCAAAUUCGAAUCGAACAUGAGCCUGAAGACAACGAUUAUCUUUGGAGGAGCAAGGGAACAGAAACCACAUUGUAACCUGUUUGUCCUUCCCAAAACUGACACUUCUGUUGUUAACUGUUCUAAUUUUUUUUUUUUUGUCUAUGUAUUUCAAAAACUUUUGUUCGGUCACUGGCUGAAUAAUACAGUCACUCUCUCUGCUUCUCUCUUGCAUAGGUAAAAAUCAAGACAAUAAUGUCACUUUCAUUUAAAAAAAAAAACAUUUGAGGGUUACACUCUUGUUUUCAUACAUUCAGAUAUGUCCUCUGACAUGUAAAUCCCUCUGUCACUCAAGACACACACCGAAACCGCCCCUGUCAAGCAGAGAUCAAAUGUGGUAAGAAUUUUGUACCACCUUUUAUGAGACUAUUGAAGGAACUUACAACCUAAGCUUGGAGCUGUGCUUAUUGGCUUGGCUCUGUCUGGUAGAGCAGCCUUUGACCUCCAGACAGAGCCCUUCCUGCUUCCAGAGUCCCCAAGACUGGAAAAGUGCUGCUACCAACCUGCCCUUGCUCGCCAACCCUGACCUUAGAGUUAUCAAAAGCAGAAAACACUAAAGGUACUUCGCUCCCUGUAAAGAAACCUUCGCCAUCAUUGUAGCAAGUGCUGGAAUGUCCCUUUUCCUAUGCAACUUUUUUUUAACCCUUUAAUGAACUUAUCUGUUGAGUACAUUGAAGAAUAUUUUUCUUCCUAGAUUUUGUUGUUUAAAUUAUGGGGCCUAACCUGCAACUUAUUUUUUGUCAAUUUUUUAAACUUUUUUUUAAUUAAUGUAAAGAAAAUGAAUUUUUUUCCUGCAGCAGGAAACAUAGUUUUGAGUAGUUCUACCUCUUACCUGUAGCUGCCAGGCUUUCUGUAAAAAUUGUAUUGUAUAUAAUGUGAUUUUUACACAUGUGCGUGCACAUGAGCACGUGUACACACACACACACACACACACACACACACACACACACACACACACCACUCUAGGGUAAGCCAGAAGGCUAGAACAAAUUAAAAGAAAAACAAAACACCAUGUUUAUAAGAAUCUGUUGGGUUGUUGGGUUGUUCCCCCCCUCCUUUUUUUUCAAAAUAAAUGUAGCUGUUUUGUGAAGGAAUCUGGGGAGGAGAGAGGAGAAAGGUGUGGAAGAGGAAUCACAUCUGCUGUGGUAAUGGUCAUGUUGGGAGCAGAUGCUGGUGUCGACAUCCUAUGCAGUAUUGUUAGGGAUUUCCUCAUUUUAAUAAUUUGUGUGUUUGUGUGAGAACUCUGUGUGUUGUUGUUGCACACCUGUGCAAAGCCAGAUAGAGUAACAGUAGCCAGAGAGCAAAGCUGCCACACUCCUUGUGUCUAUUUCCAUAAAAUCCAAAACCACUCAUGAGACCUCUAUCAGGGGCCAAGAAAUGUAUCGUGUAAAUUCAGGUGAAUGUAUCCUGUUACUCAGAUGUCAGUCAGCAUCACAGAUUCAACGGUGCAGAGCUACAAUACAAAAGCCAUAAGAAUAUUAACAGCCCCAUGGUUAAUUUCUGCACAUUAGUUACUUUCUGCAAAGAAAGUUUAAAGUGUUCAUUUACGUGCACUCAUAGGAUAGGGUUAUUGGACCACAUGUAUGUGUGUGUAUCUGUGUGCUUCAAUAGAUCGAGUGACUAUGCAUUCACUGUGAGAGAUUGCUGGGAGCGUUGGAGAAGCAAAGGGGAAACCACUGAGUAUGACUGGGUCUAUGGUUGGUUCUUAUGGACUCCUGCUUUCUUACAUGAACUAAAAUGGAAUCCUGCUCUCCUGAAAUCUUGAUAAGAGUUUUAUCAUCCUGUUAGAUGUUACUUUUAUGGCAUUUUGUCAUCUCGAAGCUUUAGAUUUUAGAGCAAUUAGGCAUGAAUGACCCCAAGGGUUUUUUUGUUGUUGUUGAAAUGAUAGCAGCAAAUUACAUGUUAUUUCUUAACAUCUCUAGUGAUCCAUUUUUACACCGCAUUUGUCUUGAGGGAUACCCCUAAAAUGGUUGCUGUGAGUUAUUUGGCUUUCUAUUAAACCAUGUAAGGAAUCUUACCUUCUUAGUGACAGACACAUCAGUAAAAUGUUGAAGAGCACACAUAGUAAAUGCAGUCCAAUCUUAAUGUUGAAUCAAAGACACUUUGUUUACUUUUAUAGAAUCUCUGGAUAUAUAUAUAUAUGUAUAUAUAUAUGCAUAUAUAUGUGAAAUAUGCAUAUAUAUAUAUGAAUCAUGUAGGGACUCAUGGUCCUUCUCCUACUUUUCAGAGACCUCCUGAAGUAAAUCAUCCCAUCAGUCCUUGAGUAGCUUCUCACCCCGUGUAUGGUCCCUAGUCUGCGACUGAGGUGGAUGUUAGUAUUCGUGGAGUGAACAUAAAGCCAUACCUUACAUUUGCUUCAGGAAUAGUUAACAAAGAGUGCUCUCAUUACCGCCAUAGUUUCUACACUUAACAAGCAGGACCCCAAAUCUCCAUGGAUGCCCCGCGGUAUCUGAAUCUGGCUGAAUUCACUUACUGGCCAAUAACUAAGCAGACUUCAUGGUGGUUUUGUUUUUAUGCAAACUGGACACAAAUACAGCAAUGAAUUCUUUAUAAUACCUUUCUCCCCUUCUUCCCUGGAUGUGAAUUUGGAGAUAAGUGUUUCUCGAAGCAAAGGCUCAGAGUAGUUGGCCAGGAGUACUGUAGUGGUGCAGACAGGCGGGGAGAAAGAAGAUGUGCGUGCUGAGCCUGCUUGUCGGAGCAUCAAGGCCUCCCGUUGGCAGAGAUGCCUGUCCUUUCCUACUGUGUGCAGAAACUACUAAUCGUUUUGUAUGUCAGAGGCAGUGUGGUUUCAGCCUCUCCUGAUAAAGCCGAGGGGUAGGCUGGGAAGUACUCAUGUGAGAAGACACAAACCAGACCUUCCUUCUCCCCCACUGAGGAGAAAGGGCUGCUGUUGUCAUAAUCUGGCUUAUGUGCAUUUCGGGCACAUGUAACAACACACACAGAGUAAAUGUUUUGUCAGUCACAUGUUGCUGUUUAAUAUAGCAAACGAUUGUCUUCCAUGUUUUUGUUUCUUUUAUUUUAACUGUGUUAAAGUACUUGAAAUGUAUUGACUGCUGAGAAUCUUUUAAAAAACAAAACAAAACCAUUUGAGUUUUUGAGUUAUAUUACAGAGGUUGGCAUUGAUCAGGAAUGGGACAAAGUUUUCUUCAAUCUUUUUUUUUUUCCAUACCACUUCACGAUUUUGGUGCAAGGACCUGAGAUUUUGUUCUUUAUGUUCUGUAAUAUUUCCCAUCUGUACUCACAGCACGAGCAUGAAGCCCAGUUGGUAGGAAGGGACUGGAGACAGGAGACUGCCCCUGGGGAGCCUUCAGCUGGCUUUAUGGAGCUUCCUAUCUACCAGGUAGCCUGGCAUGAAAACCCUUUUGUAGUGUAGGUGAAUGUGGCAGGCUGUGUUUUGACCAGAGAUUUGGAUCUAUCUUAUUCCUGGCUCAUUUCAUUGUGCUCUGUGGAUACACACAGGAAUCCUGAAUUCUGUUUCCUAGGCAAAUACUGCAACUCAGGGCUACAGUCACCCAGUGAAUCCUUAGAGCCUGAAGUAACUUUGUCCCAGGCCUACAAUGCGCAUCGACUGCAGACUCGCCUCCAUGCAGCCAAGUUCAUGGCUGGUACAUAUCCGUACACAUUAAGUUUCACAAUCAGUACGCACUUUCAGGUAGUCUUAUUUUUAUUCUCUUAAGUCUUUAUUAACUUUGGAGAAAUGAUGCAUCUUUUUAUUUUAAAUGAAGUAGAUCAACAUGGUGGAACAAAAUGAUAAAGAACAGAAAACAUUUCAAUAUAUUACUAAUAAUUUUUUCCAAUAUGAAACCUAAAAUUCCUAUAACAUAGUAUUUUACAGUUUUAUGAAGCUUUCUAUUGUGACUUUUAUGGAAUUAAGAGAUGAAGAAGAUGAGAUAUUUUAGCAUUUAUAUUUUUCAAAAUUAAAUGUAUACUUAAAAUAAAGUAACUUUAUGCA